AUGGUGCAAGUAAAAAUGUCCAAAUCUUCCGCAGACCCUCUGUCUGGUGUAGAGACGGGCUCCCAGUCAAAUUAUUUCCAGUUGCCCAGGAAGUUUCCAAAGCGCAAGAGCCGCUUCAAACGUUCGGAUGGCAGCACGUCUUCCGAAACUACGUCUAGUUUCAUCAAACGGCAGGGUUCAGCCGAUUCGUACACGAGCAGACCUUCGGAUUCCGACCUGUCAGCGGAGGAGGAUCGCGAGGCGUAUCGGCGUGAAGCCGAGCGCCAGGCCCAGCUGCAGCUCGAGAGGGCAAAGACUAAACCUGUAGCGUUUGCGGUAAAAACCAAUGUGAGCUACUGCGGGGCUCUGGAUGAAGACUGUCCUGUUCAGGGUGCCGCAGUCAACUUUGAAGCCAAAGACUUCCUUCACAUAAAGGAGAAGUACAAUAAUGACUGGUGGAUCGGGCGUCUGGUGAAGGAGGGGGCGGACAUCAGCUUCAUCCCCAGCCCCCUCCGCCUCGAAGCCAUGAGGCUCAAACAGGAGCAGAAACAGCAAAGGAAAGGUGGCAACUCCUCCAGUCUGGGAGACAUGGUGACCGGCGGCUGGAGGUCCACGCCGCCCUCCGCAGCCAAACAGAAGCAAAAGCAAGAGCACAUUCCUCCAUAUGAUGUUGUUCCCUCCAUGAGGCCUGUGGUCCUGGUUGGGCCCUCGCUAAAGGGCUAUGAGGUCACAGACAUGAUGCAGAAAGCUCUGUUUGACUUCCUGAAACACCGCUUUGAUGGAAGAAUCUCCAUCACGCGAGUCACAGCGGAUCUGUCCUUGGCCAAGAGAUCGGUGCUCAACAAGCGGCCCAUCAUGGAACGCUCAAACACGCGCACCAGUCUGGCUGAAGUACAGAGCGAGAUUGAGCGGAUAUUUGAGCUGGCCAAAACUCUCCAGCUGGUCGUUCUGGACGCGGACACCAUCAACCAUCCGGCCCAACUGGCCAAAACCUCCCUGGCGCCAAUCAUUGUGUAUGUCAAGGUCUCCUCUCCAAAGGUUCUUCAGAGGCUGGUAAAAUCCCGGGGGAAGUCUCAGAGCAAACACCUGAAUGUCCAGAUGAUGGCUGGGGAUAAGCUGGCGCAGUGUCCUCCUGAGAUGUUUGACGUCAUCCUGGAUGAGAACCAGCUGGAGGACGCGUGUGAACACCUGGCCGAGUACCUGGAGGUGUACUGGCGCGCCACUCACCUGCCGGGCACCGCCUCCCUCAACCCGCUAUUGGACCAGAACCUCAUGACCCCGCCCUCGGCCAUCUCCAGUCUUCAGACCCAGACCCAGCAGCUGCUGCCGGCGGGGGGUGUCGGGGGGGCGGAGGAGGAGGACCAGGGGGAGCAGGACAGCCUGAUGCCCUCCGACGAGGCCAGCGACUCCACGUCCCGCCGAGGCCGGAGGAGAGGAGGAGGAGGAGACGCAGGAGGAGGAGGAGGAGGAGAGCGAGGAGAGCACAGGGGCUCCCGCUGCCUGCGCCCCCAGGACCGCCAGGAGGAGUUGGACGAGGAGGAGGAGGAGGAGGAGCUGGAAGAGGAGGAAUUGGAGGAGGAGGAAGAGGAGGAAGAGGAGGAGGAGGAGUAUGAGCCCCCCCGGCACUCCCACCACCACACGUACCGGGACAUGUACCCGCCGCACCGCGCCCACCCCAGGGGCGUGCACAACGCCAACGGCCACGAGUCGUCGCAGGACCGGCUGCUGCAGCGAGGGGACAGCCAGGACGGCCACCACCAGCGCCACGGCCGCCAGCGGGCACGGCCCUGGCCCAGGGACAACUACUGA